CCCCGCGUCCGCAGCCCUGGCCCCCGGCUUGUCGCUCCCGGCUUGACGGGGCCCGGCGCGUGGCCCCCCGACUCGGCUGGCACUUUUUCCCGGCCUGCCGGCCCGAGCCUCGGGAUGGAGAGCCACCCCCCCGUGCCCGGCGUGCCCGACCACCAGCCCGAGCACGCCGCAGGAGCAGCUGCCGCGUCGGCGAGCUCCCCCUCGGUCAGCGGCCCGGCCUCCGCGAGCUCCGCGGGGCCCCCCGCGGGGGCCGAGCGCCCGCCGGCGGAGGUCCCGCCGGCCCCGGGCGCGGAGCGCUGGCUGGCCGAGCGGCUGGACCGCCUGGAGCGCAAGGUCGUCGACCUCCUCGUCUUCGGCAACCGCAAGGCCACCGCCAAGCGAGCCUUCCGGGAGAGCCGCAUCACGAGCAUGAUCGCCGAGAUGGACGACCAGGAUCCGCGCGGAGGGCGAGGCCGCCCACGGCGCCCUCGCAAGGAAGGCCUCGCGGAGCUCCGCUAUUUUGCGUCGCCCGGGCGCCCUCCUUGCGUCCAGCAGGCGGUCCUCGGAGGAGGGCCGCCGCGGGAGGAAGCCGCCCAGGGCGUCCGGCCAGGAGGCAGCCCCGACCAAGAUGCAGGCCUUGAGGCGGAAGCUGGCCGAUCUAGGCCCAAGCUGCUCGCCGACGUCGACGGCGAGGUCCGGGCGCUCGGCGAGCGCGGGGCGGGCCUCCCCGAGCUGCGGAGUGCGGCCCGCGAGGCCGCAGAGCGCGAGAAGGCCGCCGACGAGGCGCCCGCCGGCGCGAAGCCCAGCGACCACUCGCUGCGGAGCUCGGGCUCGCCCUCGCCCGUCAAGAUGUUCAACCGGGCGGACUCCACCAAGAAGUUCCACCGGGCUGACUCCUCCAAGGACGUGUCCGAGAAGCUGAGAUCUGCCGAGGUGAUCUUGACGGAGAUCGAGAAAGUGGACGAUGAUGAGAAGAAGCGCGUUGGCAUGUCGACGUUCACGAACAAUAACGACAAGACGAAGGCGAAGCUCAUGAAGAAAGCGACCAGCAUGAUGUUACACGAAGUCCAGUAUGGCCUCGUGGGAAAAGUGGUGUCGUCCAGCUAUUUCGACAUCGGCAUCACGCUCGUUGUGCUCCUGAACGCGCUGCUCAUCGGGGCGCAAGUGCAACACUAG